UCGUGAGGCAGGAUAACGGACACCUGCAGAAGAUGUAGCGGGAACUGGACUGCUCCGCUGCGGGAGGCGUGGCUCAGCGCUGUCCAUCAGUCUUCUGGCCGUCAUUAGAAUGGACAUCCGGCUGCAGCGGGCCCGCUGGACCCGUGACCGCACCGUGAGGUAGAGCGUUGCCGCCUCCGCCGCCGCCACUGCCACCGCAGCUACCACAUCACCGCCAGAGGGUUGCCAUGGACACCGAGAGCUACACCACCCUGCGCCUGGAGACCAGCGAUGGCGCGGGCGGAGCGGGUGGCGCAGGGGGGGGCACGGUGGCCAGCAUGGCUGGCAUCCUGGAGGGCACCCACGCCGGCGGAAGCUCUGCCCCUCCUGAAGAGUGGCACAUGCCUUACCCAAUCAGCUUCCAGGUGUCGCUGACCAGCUUCCUGAUGCUGGAGUUGGUGCUGGGCUUCAGCAGCAACCUGACGGUGCUGGUGCUCUACUGCUCGCAGUCCAACCUGGUGGACUCGGUCAGCAACCUGGUGACGGUCAACCUGCACGUGCUGGACAUCGCCGUGUGCGUGCUGUGCCUGCCGCUGACGGUGGUGGUGGUGCUGCUGCCGCCGGGCCGCGACCUGGCGCUGGUCUGCUGCUUCCACGAGGCCUGCGUCACCUUCGCCAGCAUCUCCACGGCCAUCAACGUGCUGGUCAUCAGCAUGGACCGCUACGACAUCUCGGUGCGGCCGGCCAACCGGCUGCUGACGCCGCGCUACGCCGCGCUGCUGCUGGCCGCCGUCUGGGCCGUGUCGCUGGCCGUCUUCUUCAUCCCCUUCAUCGAGGUGGACUUCUUCUCCUCGUCAUCCUCGUUGUUAUCAGAGGGGCUGGGGGAGAACGGCGUUGGCGGGGUGACGCAAGCUAGUGUUAGCACCCAGUCCCCGUCGUCGCCCCUGUCUCUGUCGCCCUCCUCCUUUUCCUCCUCGUCCUCGUCCUCCUCCUCGUCCUCGUCCCCGUACCCGUCCCUGUCCCCAUCCCCGGCCUCGGCACCAGCGUGGCGCAACCGGACGUUGCUGUGCGUGGGCGGCCAGGGCUACCACAUGGGCCUGGGCAUGUACACCCACCUGCUGCUGCAGGUGCCCAUCUUCUUCGCCACCGUGGUGGUGAUGCUGUUCACGUACUCGCGCAUCCUGCGCGCACUCAACAUCAAGAUCGGCUCGCACAUGCGCAAGGGCCACCAGCGCGGAGGUGCGAGCGGGGGCGGGGGCAGGCGCCAUCGCAGCCAGCGCAGGGCCGAGCAGGAGGAGCUGGAAGGGGCGGUGGUGAUCGGGGGGGACUCGUCGUCCAAGCACCUCAGCCACCCUCCGCUCAUCUCAUCUCCAACCCCCACCACCCCCACCCCCGCCACCUCCCCUCCGGCCGUCUCCACUGUGCCCCUGAUGGGUGCGGAGAGCACGGCAGCCAGCGCGGCAGUCAGCACGGCAGCGUCCCCGGUCGCCCCGGUGGCUGCCACGGCCGCGUCCUCCCUGGGCGUGCAGGCCUCGGUGUCGGCCAUCAUCGCGCUGCGGCGCGCCGUGCGGCGCCACCGGGACCGGCGCGAGCGUCAGCGGCGCGUCUUCCGCAUGUCGCUGCUCAUCAUCUCCACGUUCCUGGGCUGCUGGGCGCCCAUCUCGGUGGCCAACGUGCUGAUCCUGUGCCUGGGCCCCAGCGACACGCUGGUCUCGCUGCGCCUCUGCUUCCUGGCCAUGGCCUACGGCACCACCAUCUCGCACCCGCUGCUGUACGCCUUCACGCGCCAGAAGCUGCGCCGCGUGCUCAGGGCCAAGGUCAAGAAGCGCGUGGUGUCGCUGCUGCAGGUGGACCCCUCCCCCGGCGGCACCGUCAUCCACAACUCCUGGGUGGAGCCGCCGCGCAAGGGGGGGCGCAAGGGACGUGUGGAGGGCAGCGACGGCACCACGGACCGGUGCCUGAGCGAACCGCUAUGAGCGAACGAACGAACGACGGGCGGACUGACCAGCCUACGGGAUCAGUGUCUGCAGCACAGUGCGAUGGACCGGUGCCUGAUGGAAGUGGUAUGAGCGGCCAGCUGACCAUCUGACCAGCCUACAGGCUCAGUUCCUGCAGUACAACACAGACUGGUGCCUGACGGAAACACUCUGAAUGACUGACAGACCAAAUGAACAAACUACAGAGCUACGGGCUCAGUUUCUGCAGUACAACAAUCAAGGGGUCCAUGACAUGGGCGCCAGCG